UAAAAAUAUUGAUUAAAAGUUGGUAUUGAGGAAUUGAAUGACAGUUAUAUUUUCUGGUAAAAAUGUGAUCUUUAGUCCCAAAAAUAGGAGUUUUAGGAAGUUGAGAUCCAAAAAUAGGAAAAAGGAUUCGGGAAGUGGGGAGUUACAAUGAGAAGGGCGGGGCAUACGGUUGCACCGCGGUGGCCACGCGGCGCGCGAACCCCCUCCUUCUUAUGAUUUUCUCAAACUCCCCUCUCUGCAUUCCUCCAUCCUCCAUCCUUCUCUCAAUCUCUCCCUCACCCUCUCCUUCUCUGUUGGUCAAUCUCUGCUCCAAUUCUACCAUAUAUAUCCAUGGCGGAGAAAGGAGGCAGGCCACUACCUAAAUUUGGAGAAUGGGAUGUGAAUAACCCUGCAUCUGCUGAAGGAUUCACUGUCAUAUUUAACAAGGCUCGAGAUGAGAAAAAAUCAACCACAAGUACAAGUGCAACCACAUCCGACCGGAGAAAUAAUGCUGGUGCUUAUCACCGUGAUCUGAACUACCAAUAUCCAAGAACAAAUAGAAGAAAGUGGUUUUGUUGUGGUUGAGUGCUGCUGCUGGUGGAGAACUUUGGAGUGGAUAAACUUGAUAUUUUCGUUGACCAUUUCACCUGAUAAUUAUGCAUAUAUCAUUGUCCUAUGAUCCUUAUAUAACUGGAUGGAGGAACUGUUAUAUAAAAGAGAUGGAGGGCAACUUCUUUU